AUGACCAAGCAGGCACCCGUCGGCCCCCCCUAUUCCGUCUUCACCGUCAAGCAGAAGCGGUGGAUCAUCUUCAUUGGCGCAGCGUCUGGCUGGUUCUCGGGCGCGAGCAGCUUCAUCUACUUCCCGGCCAUCCCCUUCCUGGCCAGCGAUCUGGGCGUCAGCGUCGAGAGAAUCAACCUGACCGUCACGUCGUAUCUAGUCGCGUCGGGCGUCUUCCCGACCCUGCUCGGCAAUGCCGCCGACGAGUACGGCCGCCGCCCCGUCUUUAUCGCCGCCCUCGGCAUCUACGCCGCCAUCAACGUCGGCCUCGCCCUGCAGCGGUCCUUUGCCGCCCUCAUCACUCUGCGCAUGUUUCAGAGCGCCGCCAUCUCGGGCACCUUUUCCAUCGCCUUUGGCGCCAUGGGCGACGUCACCAUCCCGGCCGACCGCGGAGGCUACCUUGGCUUCAUGUCCAUCUUCAUCAACACGGGACAGAGCGUGGCGCCCAUGAUCAGCGGCCUGCUCAUGGCCCGGUGGAAGUGGGACGCAAUCUUCUGGUUCCUGGCGGUGGCGUCGUCGGUGGUGUUGUCGCUGGUGCUGCUGCUGCUGCCCGAGACGUGCCGGCGCAUCGUCGGCAACGGAAGCAUCCGCCCGCCGCGGUGGAUCAACCGCGUGCUGCUUCCGUUCCUCCGCCCGGCCACCACGGAACAGCAACAGCUUCUGACACCUCCCACGCCCUCCUCUCCCGCUCCGGACCCCUCCUCGCCACCAGACCCAGACUCCAGGCCGGCCGCCCCCGAGAGUCCACCGCCACCGCCCAAAGCAAAACGCAGCCGGCCCAACCCGUUCUCGGGGCUCGCCAUGCUGCGCAACAAAGGCACGGCGGUCGUGGUGGUGACGUACGGGUUCAACUACGCGCUGUACUCGUGCCUGCAGGCGUCGCUGUCGACCAUCUUCGUCGACAUCUACGGCGUGUCGGGCUUGGUGGCGGGGUUGUCAUACAUCCCGUUCGGCGUGGCGUGCAUCAUCGCGUCGUACCUGGCCGGCCGCCUGCUCGAUCGCGACUACCGGCGCACGGCGGCCACGACGGUCGGCGGCGCCCGCACCGGCGAGGACAUUGUCGCGUUCCCCAUCGAGCACGCGCGCCUGCGCACCACCAAGUGGAUCGUCGCGUGCUGCGCGCCGCUGGUUGUUGCGUAUGGCUGGGCGCUGCAGGCGCGGGUGGUGAUCCGGAAACAGGCACUGAACGCGCUGCUAGUCGACUUCCACCCGGACCGGCCGUCGGCGAUCCAGGCGACCAACAAUCUGUUCCGGUGCGAGCUGGCCGCUGGUGCUCUGGCGCUGCUCGACAUCAUGCUGCGCGCCCUCGGGCCCGGCUGGUGCUUCGUCAUCCUCGGCGUGCUGCACUCCCUCAGCGUCGCCCCGCUGUGGUUGCUCGAGAUUUACGGGCUGGGAUGGAGGACGGCGAAGCAGGCUGAGCAGGACGAGAAGGCCGAGGGCAUCGAGAGCCCCGAGUCCAGCGGCUCGUCGUCAGACUCUGAACCGGAUGUGGCUCUGGGGAGCAAGGUCUUGGUCGGGAGCAGAUCGCGGCAGUAA